AGCAGAUCGACAGGAUCGAGCCUCAAGAGCAAGAUCUGGAGCAAGAUCUGCAGCAAGAUCCGGAGCAAGAUCCGGAGGAAGAUUGACCCCGAGCGCAGACGGCACAGCCAAGGCAGCACCAACGAGACCCGGCGCGAUGAGGAUCAAGAACCGGUAUCUCCUCUUUGAGAUCGACUUCAAGGACCAGCUGAUUGUCGAGAACAUGCACGGCGGCAUCAUCGCCCAGGCAUUCAAGGACUCGGUCGAGCAGAACUUUGGCGACUAUGGGGCCGGCAGCGUGCUCUCGUCUCUCUCAGUCAAGUACUUCUCGCCAUUCACAUCGGUCGGGAUCGUUCGCACGGGCCGAGACGACUUUCGGAUGGUCUGGGCCGCCCUGACCUUCAUCAACCAGAUCCGCGGCCGCGACUGUAUAAUCCGGGUUGUUCACGUCGGAGGAACCAUCUCGAAGGUGCAGCGAGCAGCAAUCGAUCUGGACCGCCAGCUACUCGGCUCUUUGAGAAGAUCCAAGGUGAUUGACUACAAAACCGAAGAGAGUCUGCAAAGUCGAUCGCAGGCCGAGAUUGGAAGCAUUCAGCUCUGAGCCGCCUCACUUCAUCCGGCGGCGGCCUCUCGUCGCUGCCCUGACUCUGUGCACGACGAUGACGAUUGUGCUGGGAGCACAGCCCAUCUGCGUACUUUGCUUGGCAUCAUCACUCAAGUGUCUCGUGGGCGGCUGGCCCGGUCCGCUUGUGCUGCUUCUCGAGGACCCAAGCCUUGAUUCUCUGCUUGAGAGCGGCGAUUUUGGCGUCGUAGUCCUCUGUGCCCUGGACGCAAGCGCCGACAAAAUCGAUACCAUGAGAUCUCGCCGCUGCUGCUUGCCUCCCGAGGCUGAAAGGAGAAUCGUCUGCGCAAUAAACCCACCUUUUCCUGCCG